CACAUCGAUCUUGCCGCUUUGUGCGGCGGGGCAGGUGCGCGCGCCCACGUCCACUCCGAUGCAACGCAGCCUUUACGCUUGUUAGCUUGGCGGCAGACAGGUUCGCUCCGUCUCAGGGAUGUUCAUCUAUGCUUUUGA